GAUCAGAGCUGAAAAGAUGUUGGCGCAUAAUUUGCAGAAUCCGAUCGAUCUCAUGAUUAUUAUCUUUCAAACCUAAAUUGCAAACACUGAUUAUAGUUGUUUUGUACUCUAGUACGGAUUAGUUGACAGUUGACGUCGAAAAUAGAAACAAAUAUAUAUAAAGAGAAUAAACGCACACGAUCCCAGUUGGACCACUGCGCCAAACUCCAUGGAAAUUGAAAAGGAUUCAACAAUUCUGGCACCUUCGUUCACAUGGCGAGCUCUGAAACUCCGAAACUGAUAGCCUUCCACUCCGACAACGUAGUAAAUUCAGCGGUUAGUUCACCACGCGCCGCUCUCUCCUUGAGCUGUAUCCUGUAUGCAAUCUAUCCGUAGCAGUAGUUCUUUCGUCUUGUGGGAUUAAUUUAAGGAUAAAGAUAAAAUUCGACUUAGGUUAAACUAGUUCGAAUUUCUGGAGUUACAAAUGAUUUGUGGAGGAAAUUAACGAAGAGGAAUUGAAGAAUUGUGUUGGGGAAUCCAUUUUCACCGACGCUUCUCUCCACUUUGGCGGGCUAUUGAGUAAAAAGUGGAAUCUCUGCCAGCUUUCAUGGUUCCUAAUCCAGAAGGGCUUUGCUUUUGCUUGGAAUAUCUACAAAUUGAUGUUCCUGCUAUAUGGGCUGGGAUCAACUGAGGAAUUAAUUGGAGUGAAAAAACACAAGUUCAAGAAAUCAAAGGGAAAGAGUCUUGGAAAAUGUCAUCUAGAUCGGGUACAAUCAGGACAAAUUGCUCCAUGAGCAGCUCUGCUCGGUCGAGGCAUGAUGCUCGCGUUGUUGCUCAGACAUCUAUUGAUGCUAAGCUCCAUGUGGAGUUUGAGGAGUCUGAAGAACAGUUUGAUUAUUCUACCUCUGUUAAUUUGUCCAAUUCAACUAGCAAUAUCCCCUCUUCAACUGUGUCUGCUUAUCUCCAGAAGAUGCAAAGAGGAAGUCUUAUACAACCAUUUGGCUGCUUGAUAGCCAUUGAUGAGCAUAACUUUUCUGUCCUUGGAUUUAGUGAAAAUGCACCAGAAAUGCUGGAUUUGGCACCACAUGCAGUUCCAAGCAUUGAACAGCAGGAAGCUCUGACUAUUGGCACCAAUGUUAGGACACUGUUUCGGUCAACUGGUGCUGCUGCACUUGAAAAAGCAGCAAGUUUUGAGGAAGUUAGUUUGAUUAAUCCUAUUCUGGUUCACUGCAAAAAUUCGGGUAAGCCUUUUUAUGCAAUUUUACACCGAAUUGAUGUUGGAUUAGUUAUAGAUUUGGAGCCUGUCAAUCCAGCAGAUGUUCCAGUGACAGCUGCUGGAGCAUUGAAAUCAUAUAAACUAGCAGCUAAAGCCAUUUCGAAGUUGCAAUCACUGCCAAGUGGAGAUAUAUCAUUGUUGUGUGAUGUGUUAGUUAGAGAAGUAAGGGAUUUGACAGGUUACGACCGAGUUAUGGUUUAUAAAUUCCAUGAGGAUGAGCAUGGGGAAGUUGUUGCAGAAUGCCGCAAGCCUGAUCUUGAACCUUAUCUUGGCUUGCAUUACCCUGCUACUGAUAUACCACAAGCUUCAAGAUUUCUUUUCAUGAAAAACAAGGUCAGAAUGAUAUGUGAUUGCUUAGCUCCAUCGGUAAAAGUAAUCCAAGACAAGACAUUGGCUCAACCAUUAAGCCUUUGUGGAUCCACAUUAAGAGCUCCCCAUGGAUGUCAUGCACAAUACAUGGCCAAUAUGGGGUCCAUUGCAUCUUUGGCAAUGUCUGUGACAAUCAAUGAGGAUGAUGAUGAGAUGGAUAGUGAUCAACAAAAAGGAAGAAAACUCUGGGGAUUGGUGGUUUGCCAUCAUUCAAGCCCAAGGUUUGUUCCAUUCCCCUUGAGGUAUGCAUGUGAAUUCUUGGUCCAAGUUUUCAGCGUUCAGAUCAAUAAGGAAGUGGAGUUGGCAGCUCAACGUCUAGAAAAGCAUAUAUUGCGAACCCAGACUGUACUCUGUGACAUGCUUCUCAGAGAAUCUCCUGUGGGUAUUGUCACCAAGUCUCCUAAUAUUAUGGACCUUGUCAGAUGUGAUGGAGCUGCACUUUACUAUAGGAACAAAUUUUGGUUGCUUGGUGCAACGCCAACAGAGCCCCAAAUUAGAGAUAUAGCACAAUGGCUUCUUGAUUCUCAUAGUAGUAGUACAGGGUUAAGCACUGAUAGCCUCAUGGAAGCUGGCUACCCAAAUGCUUCUGUUCUUGGUGAUUCAGUCUGUGGAAUGGCUGCUGUCAAAAUAACUUCAAAAGAUUUUCUCUUCUGGUUUCGAUCCCACACAGCAAAAGCGAUUAAGUGGGGUGGUGAAAAACAUGAUCCUGGAGACAAGGAUGACGGGAGAAAGAUGCAUCCAAGAUCAUCUUUCAAGGCUUUCCUGGAGGUGGUUAAGAGGAGUCUGCCUUGGGAAGAUGUGGAGAUGGAUGCAAUUCAUUCCUUGCAGCUGAUACUGAGAGGCUCUUUGCAAGACGAGGUUGUUGAUAAUUCUAAAAUGAUUGUGAAUGUACCUGCUGUAGACACCAGUAUACAGAGGGUUGAUGAACUUCGAAUUGUGACAAAUGAAAUGGUUCGCCUUAUUGAGACAGCAUCUAUACCCAUUUUGGCUGUUGACACUUCUGGCUGUAUCAAUGGGUGGAACAUUAAAGUGGCUGAGCUAACCGGAUUGGUUGUACAAGAAGCUAUAGGUGCGCCCUUAGUUGAUUUGGUUGUCAGUGAAGCUGUCAGCACCAUUAAAAAUGUGCUCUCCCUCGCUUUGCAAGGCAAAGAGGAGAAAAAUGUUGAAAUCAAACUUAAAAAGUUUGGUUCUCAAGAAAACAAUGAUCCUGUUAUUCUGGUAGCUAAUGCCUGUUCAAGUCGGGACGUAAAAGGAAAUAUUAUUGGAGUUUGCUUUGUAGGACAAGAUGUUACAGGACAAAAGUUGAUUACGGACAAAUAUAACCGUAUUCAAGGUGAUUAUGUUGGAAUUUUGCGCAGCCCUUCCGCAUUGAUUCCUCCAAUCUUUUUGAUGGAUGAGCAUGGUAGAUGCUUGGAAUGGAAUGAUGCAAUGCAAAAGUUGACUGGUCUGAAGAGGGCAGAGGCCAUUGAUCAAAUGAUUCUCGGUGAGGUCUUUACGGUUAGUAGCUUUGGUUGCAAGGUCAAAGAUAGUGACACAUUAACCAAACUCAGGAUAUUACUGAAUGGAGUAAUUGCAGGACAGGAUGCAGAGGAUUUGUUAUUUGGUUUUUUUGAUAAGCAGAAUAAAUAUGUUGAAGCAUUAAUAUCAGCAAAUAAAAGAACUGAUGUAGUGGGGCGGAUCACUGGGGUCCUGUGCUUUUUACACGUUCCUAGUCCAGAACUUCAGUACGCAAUACAUGUACAAAAACUAUCUGAACAAGCAGCUGCAAAUAGCCUUAAAAAGUUGGCUUAUGUUCGUCGAGAAGUUAGAAACCCGUUAAAUGGUAUAAAGUGCAUUCAGAAUCUGAUGAAAUCUUCUGACCUAAGUAAGGAUCAGAUGCAGCUUCUGAAGACCAGUACAAUGUGCCAAGAACAGCUGGCUAAGAUCAUUGAUGAUACCGAUAUUGAAAGUAUUGAAGAAAGCUAUAUGGAAAUGAACUGUUGCGAGUUCAGUCUUGGUGAGGCUAUUAAAGCAGUCGUAAAUCAAGCUAUGAUUCCAAGUCGGGAGCGCCAGGUGCAGAUCAUGUGCGAUUUACCUGUUGAAGCAUCAUCCUUGUACUUGUUUGGAGACAAUUUGAGGAUUCAACAAGUGCUCUCAGACUUCUUGACAACUGCUGUACUCUUUACACCUCAUUUUGAAGAAUCAUCCGUUCUAUUCAGAAUUAUUCCAAGAAGGGAGCAGAUUGGAGCCAAGAUGCAUGUAGUGCAUCUUGAAUUUCGGAUCACACAUCCAGCCCCGGGGAUUCCAGAAGAGCUAAUCCAGGAAAUGUUCAACUAUAGCCAAAGCAUGUCGAGGGAAGGUCUUGGGUUGUAUAUAAGCCAGAAACUUAUUAAAAUUAUGAAUGGCACUGUGCAGUAUCUCCGAGAGGCAGAGAGGUCAUCAUUCAUAAUCUUAGUAGAAUUUCCAGCAUCUCUACGAAGUGACCAUCAAUAACUUCAAUCAUCAGUGUGCUCACCGCCUGCUUGGGGAGAAACUGCACCUUAAUUAUGGCAGAGGAGUACUCAAACAUCAUGGCUUGCCCGAUCUGCCUCGUCCUCUUCAGCAACAACCAUAAUAAAGAAUGAGUGGUGCAAAACCAGGCUCGAGUUGAUAAAACAAAAUGGCAGUAACGUUGCAUCUGCAUCUGCAGCUGCCUCCCGGUGUGUGUGUGCUCUGCAGCAAAGGGUUUUGGCCCUUUUGUGGUUCCUCCAUUGAAAGCAACCGAACAUUCUGCCUUGUACAGUAUUAGCUGGAAUCAGGAAUUUUCUGCUGGUAAUUGAGUUAAACCAGCAACCUGUAUAUGACUUUCCUGAUUCUUAACCUUUGAGCAUGGACUGAAGUAGAAAUAAUCUAAUGAUCAUCAGUUUUCGCAUUCAUUAACCA